AUGGUUACUCCAAUAAACUCUGAGGUUCGCCAUGGCCCUUGGUUGCCAGCACGUAAACGGAGAGUUAGACGGACUAAGACCUCAGCACAACCACUCUUAAGCUCUUCUAAUUUCCAAGAUCCUAAUCGAAAUCAACCACCACCUAACCAAAUUGAGCCUGGCCAGACGAGCAAUGUUCCAUUUCUUCCAUGCCCUUCCCUUUCUGCUGCUGCUUUUUCUUCGACCUCCAAUCCUAGAUCCGCACGAGCUCGAAUUCCGCCAGGUUCGAUGCGUCGUGGUCUGCUACCUAUGCCUCUUCCUGACCCAGAGAUAGUCGCAGCACAGACAAUGUACCUACGGCGACAUCAAAUCAGCCUUGAGGAUACUUUAUCUCCUGUGCUCGGAACCGGCAUUUCUGGUGCAACAGGGGGGAUAAACGAGCCGAGCUCAAGUAACUUGGAUGCCGCGGCUACAACAGAAGAAAGCUUCUCGGAGGUAACGGUUGUUAUCGAUUUUUACUGA